UUUACUUUGGCCUGUUGUAUUUAACUUCUCCAUUUCACGAUUCUGAAUUUUCAGGUAUAAAUACCCAAGCUAAUGCAGUGCCACAUCACACCUCAAGAUAUUAAACUCAGUAUUCAGAAACAACCAAAGUUCAUCUAGACGUUAAGUUUUCCUAUUUUAGUGAUCAGUUAAAGAAAUCAAGAAAAAAAAAAUGUCAACCACUGUCGGCCAAGUCAUUCGUUGCAAAGCUGCUGUGGCAUGGGAGGCAGGGAAGCCAUUAGUGAUGGAGGAAGUGGAGGUGGCACCUCCGCAAAAAAUGGAAGUUCGUCUUAAGAUCCUUUACGCUUCUCUCUGUCAUACUGAUGUCUACUUCUGGGAAGCAAAGGGCCAAAAUCCAGUCUUUCCUCGCAUUCUUGGACAUGAAGCAGCAGGGAUUGUGGAGAGUGUAGGAGAGGGAGUAACAGAAGUUGCACCAGGAGACCAUGUUUUGCCUGUAUUCACAGGGGAAUGUAAAGAUUGUGCUCACUGCAAAUCAGAAGAAAGCAAUAUGUGCAGCCUCUUAAGGAUUAACACUGAUAGGGGAGUAAUGAUUCAAGAUGGGCAAUCAAGGUUUUCCAUAAAUGAAAAGCCUAUUUACCAUUUUGUUGGGACCUCUACCUUUAGUGAAUACACUGUGGUCCAUGUUGGUUGUGUUGCUAAAAUCAACCCCCUUGCUCCUCUUGACAAAGUUUGUGUCCUCAGUUGUGGAAUCUCUACAGGCCUUGGUGCAACUUUGAAUGUGGCUAAACCAAGAAAGGGGUCAAGUGUGGCCAUAUUUGGACUGGGGGCUGUUGGCCUUGCUGCUGCAGAAGGAGCAAGAAUUGCUGGUGCUUCAAGGAUAAUUGGUGUUGAUUUAAAUGCUAGCAGAUUUGAGUUAGCUAAGAAAUUUGGUGUGACAGAGUUUGUGAAUCCAAAGGAUCAUAAUAAACCAGUUCAAGAGGUAAUUGCUGAGAUGACGGAUGGCGGAGUAGACAGGAGUGUUGAAUGUACUGGGCAUAUUGAUGCUAUGAUUUCAGCAUUUGAAUGUGUCCAUGAUGGUUGGGGAGUGGCUGUUCUUGUUGGAGUACCUCAUAAAGAAGCUGUAUUCACGACACACCCUAUGAACUUUUUGAAUGAAAGGACUCUCAAGGGGACAUUCUUUGGAAACUACAAGCCCCGUUCUGAUCUUCCUUCUGUCGUCGAGAAAUACAUGAACAAAGAACUUGAAUUGGACAAGUUCAUCACUCAUAAACUCCCAUUUGCUGAAAUCAACAAGGCUUUUGAUUUAAUGUUGAAAGGAGAAGGCCUUCGUUGCAUCAUCAAAAUGGAGGACUAAACUUUCUAGCCCAACUAUGGCAGUGGAGAGCUUCUAGUGGUUACUCCUUGAGAAAACACCAAUAAAUUGUCAUUUGUCUUACUUUAAUUUGUUCAGUUGGUGAUUGAGUUGUAACAUUCUGAUCCAAGUCCAUCCAUGUCUCUUCUUGCGUUUUCGUUUAUAAAUAUGCUUUUUCCUUCAGAACGCCAUAUCUAUCUGUUCUUG